AUGAAUCCUCCAGACCACUGGAACAUUGUAUCACAAGCUAUAGAACUGUAUAGACCUCCUGAUUGUAUAGAAGAGCCCCUGUGUGGUGAAACUUCUGCUUUUGUCUUUACUGGUAUUCCCAGUGUUUCGCACAGGGGCUCUCUUCUAAAAGCCUGUGCUGAUGGAGGUGCUAACCAUUUGUACAAUGUCACUGAGGAAGAGCGGGAGAGUUUCUUACCUGAGUACAUCAGCGGAGACUUUGAUUCUAUUAGACCUGAAGUCAAAGAGUACUACAAAAUCAAGGGAUGUGAACUUGUCUUAACUCCUGAUCAAGACCACACUGAUUUUACUAAAUGCCUUCAAGUUCUCCAGAAGAAGAUAGUGGAAAAGGACCUCCGGGUUGAUCUGAUUGUGGCUUUGGGUGGACUCGCAGGACGGUUUGACCAGAUCAUGGCUUCUGUGGAGACCCUUUUUCAUGCAACUACCAUCACUCCAGUGCCUGUUAUCAUCAUACAAGCAGAUUCCCUCAUUUGCCUGCUUCAGCCAGGAAAGCACAAAUUGCAUGUUGACACGGGACUUGAAGGUGAUUGGUGUGGCCUUGUUCCUGUUGGACACCCUUGUAAGCAAGUCACCACAACUGGCUUAAAAUGGAACCUCACCAAUAGUGUGCUCAUGUUUGGAACCUUAGUCAGCACUUCAAAUACCUAUGAUGGCUCCGGAGUUGUGACUGUGGAAACAGAUCAUCCACUCAUCUGGACCAUGGGCAUCAAAGAUGAACCUAGAAAAUGACACUUCAGAAUCCACCCUUGCCUUACCUAAUCUGCUUAUGACUGAAAAACAGGAAGAGUACAUCUGGAUUGGAAUAGUUAUAUAAGCCAUGAAGUGGAAGAGGGCUAGUUUUU